AUGAUGAAUAACUCUACUCAUGUAAGGUUUUUCUUCCUUUCAGGUUUGAAUGGAACAAUGAACUACAGAGUGGCUCUCUUCUCUCUCACUUUACUGUGUUACUGUUUCAUUGUGCUGGUAAAUGUUAUUCUCGUUGUGACCAUCAUCUUGGAUAAGAACAUGCAUGAACCAAUGUAUAUUCUAUUGUGCACUUUCUGCAUGAAUGGACUUUAUGGGACAACAGGUUUCUACCCCAAGAUUCUCUGGGAUAUGCUGUCUCCGGUUCAUGUAAUCUCUUAUUCUGGAUGCCUUGUUCAGGCUUUUGUGAUGUACUCAUUUGCCUUGAGUGAUAUGUCUAUUCUCGCAGUCAUGUCAUAUGACAGAUAUGUGGCUAUAUGUCGACCCCUGGAGUAUCACUCUAUUAUGUCAAAGCAGAGAGUGUUAUUCUUAAUCUGUUUCUCCUUUUUAUCAACGUUUUGCAUUAUAGGCACAAAUAUUAUUAUAACAUCUAGAUUGAAGCUAUGCAGCCCAUAUAUUGACAAACUUUUUUGUAUGAAUUGGGUUAUUGUCAAACUUGCUUGUUUUCCAGCCGAUACAUAUGUUAACAACAUAGCUGCUUACAUUUCAAUAAUCAUUUAUGUAUUGCAUGGUCUUUUCAUAGUUUGGUCCUACAUAUAUGUCAUCAAAACAUGUGUCAAUUCUUUAGAAAACAGAGCAAAGUUCAUGCAGACAUGUGUGCCACAUUUAACUUCCUUGUUCACUCUUCUUGUGACGAUACUGUUUGAUUUAUUUCUUGAACAUUUUGUGGCAAUGGAAUUUAUGGUCCUACCUCCCAUUAUAAAUCCUCUAAUUUAUGGUUUUAAAUUGACCAAAGUUCGGAACAGAAUUCUGGGUGGUAUUUCUUUUAAAAUUACGCCACUUAGUGAUAAGCUCUAUGGUCGAUAA